AUGUGCGUGCCUGCAUGUCCCCGGCCCCGCCUCGGGGAGCUCCUGGCAGUGCCGUGCCGUGCCGGCCGCAUCACCGAGCGACCCCUGAUGGGACAUCGGCCCCCAGCACCCUUCGGGCGCGGACCAGAGCCGGCGGCUGGGGACACUGUGGUCCUGAUGGGUCCCAGCUGGUGCCUGCUGGUGGGGCUUUGCAGCCUUGUCCCCCUCGCCAGCACCCAAGGGGGACCCGAAGAGGAUGUGGCACCCAUUGUCAGGACUGAGGAGCUGGGGUACCCUCUCACCCAGGAUGGGGACCCCCAGCACUGUGGCAUCACCUUCCACACCCCCAGCCCUUGCAGUGCCCGUGGGCCUCCCACCUCUGCCCCUCACGAUGAGCUGGAUCAUCUCAAGAACCUCUUGCAGGACACCAAGGCCAGCUUAAAGAGCGUGGAGAUGUCAGCCACGCUGGAGGACAACCAGACCAGCUACCAGGACGUCAUCACCGAGGCCCUGCCUGCCAUCCACGGGGCCAACCUGGAAUUCCAGGAGACCCUGGACAACAUCCACAGGGAGCUGGAGGCUCACGUGGCCGAGGCCAACCACCCACAAAUGGCUGAGAAGAAGGAGAAGCUGCAGAAGGGUGUCCGAGUGGUGGACCACAUGCUCCGGCUCACCGCUCAGCUGGCCCAGAGCCUCGAUGACAUCUCCCAGCGCCUCCACGCCGAGCUCCAGCGCCUCCAGAGCUCCCUCUCCCACGUUACCACCUCUGCUGAGCCCUAGGGCAGCAGGGACGGGCUCUGCUUCUCAC